GAGCAUCAAAUAAGAGACCGGACGCACCAACCAGGAGAAUUAAGAAGAAAGAGAAGACGACGAAGGAAAGAAAUAAGUUUUUAUAAGUUUUUUUCUAUUUUCCUCUUGAUUUUGCAGCUCCAAGUUGAUCAUCGGCAAGCAAGGACAUCUAACAUUGCCAUAGAAAUCAGCAUUUCCGAUUCUGCGUAGUUUCACAGAGGUGGUUUCUUUCUGUCAUUCUGGUGCUCCUUGCUCAGAGAGAGAGGGAGAGAAAAGAAGAGUCAUGCAAUCCUUGCUCAGAUCAAUUUCAGUCGUUACCAGAAACGGUUUCCAAUUGUAGAUCCGGGGUCAUAAAAACGACGGUUUUUCGAACGACUGCCUUUCCGGCGAGUUGGAAUUCUGACCUCAUCCUUCAAAGAAGUGGCCUCGAAUCAUUAGAAACGCCGUCUUCUAACGUUGGUAGUCCUCCAAAAGGCUCUUUCACGAGUACCCAUCCGGUGAAAUUCGCCCCGGGGCUCCGGCUUGCUUUUGCUUGGUCUUAGUCGAUCAUAAACCCGCAACUGUUCAACUGCCGUUCAUCCGAGAUAGGAAACAAGCUACGUAAUACAAAACAGCCAGCCGUCUCUCACCUCAUCCUUCUGCAGUACGCCGUGAAGGAAUAUUACGUUCCAGUUGACAGCCUUCCAGAGGGCCACUUCCCUGCCAUCCAGUCCGUUCUCCGUUCACACCCUUCCCGGAAAAUGCUGGUCCCUCGGUUUCUGACGUGCUUCUGUUGGCUAUUUUCCUUGAGCGUCUGCGUCAAGGGGUUGGGAAUCAAUUGGGGGACUCAGGCGACUCAUCGGCUGCCGCCAACAGUCGUGGGGCAGCUGCUGAAGAACAAUGGCAUCACCAAGGUAAAGCUGUUCGACGCAGAAGAGUCGGUGAUGAGCGGACUGGCGGGGACGGGGAUAGAGGUGAUGGUGGCGAUCCCGAACAAGAUGCUCGCGGCCAUCGCCGGCGACCCCGACGCAGCAAAGCAAUGGGUACGGCGCAACGUCACGCGCUACAACUUCAACGGUGGCGUCAACAUCAAAUACGUCGCAGUGGGGAAUGAACCCUUUCUUAAGUCAUACAAUGGCACCUUCGACAACGUCACUCUCCCCGCCCUUUCAAACAUCCAAGCUGCGUUAAAUGAUGCAGGCCUGGGAGAGCAGAUCAAGGCUACUGUGCCUCUUAAUGCUGACGUCUACGACUCUGAAUUCCCAUCUGCAGGAAAAUUUCGUCCAGACAUUAGCAGUAAAAUGGCAGAAAUGGUUCAGUUUCUUAACAACAGCGGCGCGCCAUUCACCGUCAACAUCUACCCAUAUCUCAGCUUGUAUGACAAUGAAAAUUUCCCCAUUGACUAUGCCUUCUUCGAUGGCACCAACACUCCACUCACCGACCCAGCCAGUGGGGUUUCUUACACCAACGUCUUUGACGCCAACUUUGAUACAUUGGUCUCGGCACUGAAGGACGCUGGUGUGCCCAAUCUGCCCAUAAUUGUGGGCGAGGUAGGCUGGCCUACUGAUGGAGAAAAGAGCGCCACUGUGGCCAAUGCCAAGAGGUUCUAUGACGGCCUGCUCAAGAAGUUGGCCCAGAAUGUGGGCACCCCUUUAAGACCAGGAUACAUCGAAGUUUUUUUGUUUGGCUUGAUUGAUGAAGACGCCAAGAGCAUAGCACCAGGCAACUUCGAGCGCCAUUGGGGAAUCUUUACCUUCGACGGCCAGCCAAAGUUCACCAUGGACCUCAUUAAUGGCACGGACACGAACAAAUCGCUCGUCCCAGCGACCAACGUGGAGUACCUGCCGCAACAAUGGUGCGUUCUUCGUCAGGAUGCCGACAACCUCACGGCAAUAGCUGAUAAUGUGAACUACGCCUGUCAAUACUCUGACUGCACUGCACUCUCGUAUGGCUCGUCCUGCAGCAACUUGGAUGUUCGAUCGAAUGCUUCAUAUGCUUUCAAUAUGUACUACCAGGUCCAGUCCCAGGUCGCUGGCAGCUGUGAUUUUCAGGGCCUUGCGACGAUGACCACCCAGAAUGCUUCGCAGGAUGGUUGCAUUUUUCCGAUUCAGAUACAGGCUUCCUCCUCUAAUCGGAUGACCACCCCGUCCCAAUUCAUGGUAGUUGCAGUGGCAAUUUUUUUAGCUCUGUAAUAUCUUCCUUUAGUUUACUGGAUUUACUGUAGGAUAUUAUUGUGAUUUAUAUUCGAUCUCCCUCCCUCUUUCUUUUUGCUAAAGUGCUUCCCUUCUGGUCAUAUAUUUUUUCCAAUCUAAAUGAGAUUUGGCUGCGGAGUGCUGAAAGGGGUUGAAAAACGUCUUAUUCUGGAGAAACUGAGACGCAUUUCUUUGGACGCAAGGAG